CAGCAGCUAGCUUUGCAUGGAUCUACCGCCGCUCUGGUUCAGAAUCAGCGCACUGCCACUAGCUCUGCUCUCCACUUCAACUUCAAGUUGUCUCACUCAUCUCGCAGACUACACUGCUCCAGCUUGCAAGCCUAGCUGCUGCAGUACCGGUAGCUCGGGCCUACUCCAAGCAGUCCAUAACGCCUCCAAAUGCUGAGUUCUUGAGUACCUUGUUCAGACGCUAAUGAAGAUCUCAAAGCCUAAGGUCCCGUUUCGUGACAACUUUCAUCCAAAUCUGCAUUGGUGAUCGCCUGCAAUGUGCGUGUACUGAAUUGAUUAUUUCAAAUCCAGAGAUGAUCCAUUCUUUCAGACGAUAUGGCAGCCCUCCGCAGAUCGCUUGGCGGUUUCUCGCUUAGUUUGAAUAGGUUGAUCAAUGAAGUGGGGAGGCAUCGGGUGCAAGAGCUUAGCACUCCGAUCAGCCCAUUCCUAGGCGAUGGGCUGUUGAUGUCUGCAGCACGAACGCUUUCUGCAUUCUCUCCCAGCAUACGACAGCAGCCUAGUCUAAAUGGGGCUCUACUGCAGAGUAUGCAGUGCAGGCAGUAUGGGACCACUGGCCUCUGCUCUGCAGUACCAGACCAUUUCGCACCAGAUAACUUUGCUGAGCAAUCAAUCCCGGGGCAAGCGCUUACAGAGGAUGACACUAGACCGGAGAGAGUCCUGGCGGAAGAGUUGGCGCCCUCAAUGGAGCAACCCGGAGGCUUGGGUCCUGGGAUCAACUCCAGAGAUCGGACCGGUGGCCUAGUGGGUGAUGAAGCAGCUCAUCCCUUGCAUCCCGGCAGAGAGCGAUUCGAACAUGCCGCCUCCGAGGAAGUGUCAGAACUGAGCGACCGCGUUGCGUUGGAAGAUCUGAUAUUGCAUGACGUCGAAGCCGCUGAAGCAUCAGGUGAAAAUAGCUCAGCAUCCAGCCAUUCUCAAAAGGGAGAACAACUAGAAGCGGGGGCGAAAUCUGGGCCGGCCUGGGGGGGAGGUUACUCGCAAGGCAGACAGAGUACCGGGGCAGUUCUGGAGGGGCUUCGGCAACUCCGAGACGCGUUUGAAGCGGCACAAGCUGUCCAGGGGCUGCCGCUGAGCAGUACGCCCCUGAUGAAUCCCUCUGCCAUCUACCCGAACCGCUCGCUGCGGCUGGAUCAGAUCUCAGUGUACGGAUUUGACUACGACUACACUAUCGCUCACUAUACUGAGCAUCUGCAGCCGCUCAUCUACAAUCUCGCUGUCCAUCACCUCGUCAAAGAGUUUCGAUACCCUCGAGACAUACUCAGCUUCCGAUACGACGAAAAGUUCCCCAUCAGGGGCCUCUACUAUGACAAACGACGGGGUUAUCUUUUAAAGCUAGACUUCUUCCACGCGGUUGAGCCGGGCGCCGCCUACUUUGGCCGUCGCGCCUUGUCACGACAGGAGAUCGAGGAAGCAUACGGGCGGCAGGCCAUCCCGAGCGACUACAUGCACAACCUCGUCUCGCUGAUGGACCUCUUCUGCUUGUCCGAGGCCUGUCUUAUAUCGGACGUUAUACAGCACUUCGUUUCUUCCCGCAUCGAGUUCGACCCCAUGUACGUCUAUGAAGACGUCAAGAAGUCCAUUGAUUACGUGCACCGCAGCGCGCUAAUGCAUCGAGCAAUCCUAGAAAAGCCGAGCCAGUUUCUAUUGAAACAGCCCGGCGUGAUCCAGCAGCUGAAGCGGCUCAAGGCGAGCGGCAAGAAGCUGUUCAUCCUGACCAACUCGCCCUUCUUCUUCGUGGACGGCGGCAUGCGCUACCUUUUCCAGGACGACGGGCAAGACGGCCAGAGCUGGCGGCAGCUCUUUGACGUCGUCAUUGCGCUGGCGGACAAGCCCAACUGGUACACGUCCGAGCGACCGUUCAGGUUUUACAAUGACAAGAAGGACAGCCUGACGUGGCGCACGGUGCGCGACUUCAAGCCCGGGAGCGUUUACUACCACGGUUGCCUCAAGGACUUCCUCACCAUCAGCGGAUGGAAAGGCUCCGACGUCCUCUACUUCGGCGACCACCUGUACAGCGAUCUGAGGGGGCCGACACGUGCUGGCUGGCGGACGGCCGCCAUCAUCCGGGAGCUCGAACACGACAUUGACACUCAGAACCGGCCGCAGUACCGGUUCCAGCAGGCCAAGUACCACGCGUUGCAGGAGCUGCUGGGCCGGUUCCACGGCUUCCCAGCCACCGGGCGCACUCCCGCCGACGCUGAGUUCCUGAAACAGCUGCAACUCGCGCGACGGGAGGCAAAGGCGGCCAUGAAGACCAUGUUCAGCGCGUACUUCGGGUCCGCGUUCUUGACCCACGCCGCCAAGGAGUCCGCGUUUGCGUACAACGUGCAGCGGUAUGCUGACGUGUACACCAGCAAGCUGGAGAACUUCCUCCAGUACCCGCUUGACUCGUGGCUCUUUGCGCCGCAUGACGUCAAGAUCUUGCCGCACCAUAUCAAGAUUGAACCAAGCUCGUUACUUCCGGAACAAUGACUCCCGCUCUGGUUGAUAGACACCAUUAUUCAGUACGUAGUCACAGCCUGCUAUUUGUAGAUAUAUACUUUCAGCUGGUUGCUUCAUAUUCCUUUACGAACAAGGUGUGACCGACAUGAUUCAGAUUUGUGCGGUAGGACUUACUUUAGACAGACAGCACUGAAGACUUUUCAUUCAAAUAACGAAAUUGAACGGGGGUUAUCUUAUACAGAAACCCUCGAGUUGUUGGUACCAUUCAGGUAGCUCGAGCUAUAUGCAUGCUUGUCCG